AUGGUACGUCAUGAUCCUCUCAGCGAGGACCGCGAAGACGCGCCAUUUCUCGAUGCCAGCGCCCAAGGCCCCGCCGACGGCCAUGUUUCCUCUAAGCCGAGCAUCGGCAGUCGGCCAGUGGAGGCCAAUCCGAACAGCUCGAUCAGCUUCCGCUUCAAGGUCAUCCUGUUCUCUAUGAUCCUCGCCGUGGAGGUCGGCUUUGCCUUUCUGGAAGGGCCCAUGGUGCGGAUCAUGGAGGGGAUCGCGUGUCGUCAACAUUAUUUGAGUGCCGAUCCUACAAAAAUCGGGGUAGAUGGACAGGUGCCGGAAACCCUGUGUAAGAUCGCCGAGGUGCAGGCUGAGCUGGCGGCGGUCAAAGGGUACCACAUGUUCUUUGACGGAACGAUUUGUGCCCUACUGGCAAUUCCGUAUGGUCUGCUGGCAGAUCGGAACGGCCGUAAAUCUACACUCGCUUUAUCUCUGCCAGGGUUUGGUCUGAAUACAGUCCUUACCCUGGUGAUAUUGUGGUUUUCGGAUAUCUUCCCCCUGCGCACACUCUGGUUUACUGCCUUCACAUGGCUUCUGGGUGGUGGUCCUGUCGUGACGUUCGCGAUCAUCUGGACUAUGAUGGCGGAUGUCACCACCGAAUUGGAAAGAGCCGAUAUUUUUUUCCAAUUUGCCAUCGUGUCGAUGGGUGCCGAGUUCUUCUCCGCCGCUCUGAGCUCUUAUUUGAUGAGCCUGAAUCCAUGGAUUCCGCUGUUUAUUGGAUUCGGAAUCGUAAUGAGCGGGAUGAUGCUCAUGCUUGUCCUCCCAGAGACAAAACAUGCAUUGCCCGCUCAGGAGACUGCGCAGCCUCACGUUGAGAUGUCAGAAAUACGGAGAGAGAGAGAGCCAAAGCUCGAUCUUGAUGAACCCACUGCGCAUGAAAGAUACCACGACCUGCCCGAAGUUCAUGAUGAUCGUGCAGAUGACCCUCCUUCAUGGAGCAUACCUUCUUACUCGCACCAAUCUUUCAUGGAGAAGCUUCGCGCAAACUACCGCUUCUAUCUGAAACCGUAUCUCUUUAUUCUCGGCCGCAAGCCGGUGCUUCUCCUUCUGACUGCGUUCCUGGUCUACCGCCUGAGUCGAGGUUCAUCGUGGUUCCUGGCUCAGUACAUCUCAGUUCGCUAUUUCUGGACACUAGCCGAGUCCAACUUCCUAGUGGCAUGCCGCCCUAUAGUUUCCAUCCCGUUGUUCUUGUUUGGCCUACCAUACUUGAAGAGGCGAGUCUUGAGCCCUCGCCGUUCAGCAACGGAAAAAGACCUCUGGCUUGCCCGUGGCAGCAUUCUCUGUCUGUCCCUCGGGACACUUGGGAUUAGUCUUUCGCCAUCUAUCGCCACGGUGAUCCCCAGCAUGAUCAUCCAAACCUCAGGAUCCGGCUUUCUAUUCCUAGUCCGCUCAAUCAUCACCACCUUGGUGGAGCGAGAUGAGACAGCACGUCUCUUCACUGCCAUUGAAAUUAUCCAAUCGAUUGGAAAUGUGAUUGCAAGUUUGACUAUCACCACUGUCUUUCAGCUGGGUCUGCGCCUGGGCGGGGUUUGGAUCGGCCUGGCGUGGAUGAUGACCAGCAGUCUGUUCUGCUUGGUUGGUCUGGCUAUCUGGUUCUUUGAACUGCCUCCAACUCCGACGCUGGAAUUUAUAAUAGAAGAUUUCGAUGAGGAUGAUAGAGCGUGA